AUGAAGGCGGUCGAGUUCGAUGGCGUGGAGUUCCAUGGGAGGGUUCUGACUGUUAAAUUGGAUGAUGGGAGGAGAUUGAAGGAAAAAACUGAGAGAGGACGCGGUGGAUUGAAGGCAACGACGGGGUUGAGUAUCGUUCUAACUGGCACAAAGAGCGGGACAGCUCGCGCAAGGAAUUGCGCAAGAUUAUGGAUACUGAGCCGGAGAACUGGCAGGCCGUCGUUGGAUUGGAACAAGGAAUCAGUCAUAAUGCCUGCCCAUAAACCUUCUAGAGGAGAAUAUGGCCUGAUGGUGAAGUAUUAUGCAAGGCGAGGGGACAUGCAUCGUGCUCGUGAAACUUUUGAGAGCAUGCGAGCUAGAGGAAUAGAGCCAACGUCGCAUUUGUACACAAGCCUUAUUCAUGCUUAUGCAGUUGGCAGAGACAUGGAAGAAGCAUUGUCAUGUGUUAGAAAAAUGAAGGAAGAGGGUAUUGAAAUGAGUUUGGUGACUUACAGUAUAAUGGUUGGGGGAUUUGCGAAAGUUGGCAAUGCCGAAGCUGCAGAUCACUGGUUUAAGGAGGCCAAAGAGAGACAUACAGCAUUGAAUUCAAUCAUUUACGGGAAUAUUAUAUAUGCUUAUUGUCAAACAUGCAAUAUGAAUCGUGCUGAGGCAUUAGUGAGGGACAUGGAAGAAGCAGGCAUAGAUGCUCCUAUUGACAUUUAUCACACCAUGAUGGAUGGCUACACCAUGAUUGGCAAUGAAGAUAAAUGCUUGGUUGUGUUUGAACGACUCAAGGAAUGUGGGUUUACACCUUCAGUCAUCAGUUAUGGAUGUCUGAUCAAUCUUUACAUUAAGAUUGGAAAAGUUUCUAAAGCCUUGGAAAUUAGCAAACUGAUGGAAUCAGCCGGCAUAAAACAUAACGUGAAGACCUACUCCAUGUUAAUCAAUGGAUUUUUGAAGUUAAAAGAUUGGGCUAAUGCAUUUGCAGUUGUGGAAGAUUUAGUGAAGGAUGGUUUGAAGCCUGACAUAGUCCUUUAUAAUAACAUUAUAACAGCAUUCUGUGGAAUGGGCAACAUGAACCGUGCUGUUCGUACUGUCAAAGAAAUGCAGAGGGAGAGGCAUAGACCUACAUCACGGACAUUUAUGCCGAUAAUACAUGGUUUUGCAAGGGCUGGAGAAAUGAGAAGAGCUCUUGAGAUUUUCGAUAUGAUGAGGAUGAGUGGAUGCAUUCCCACUGUGCAUACUUUCAAUGCUCUGGUUCUUGGUCUUGUGGAGAAGCGACAGAUGGAGAAGGCUGUUGAAAUAUUGGAUGAAAUGACACUGGCAGGCAUAAGCCCAGAUGAACAUACAUACACAACUAUCAUGCAUGGUUAUGCAUCUUUAGGUGAUACGGGAAAAGCCUUCGAGUAUUUUACCAAAUUGAGGAAUGAGGGCCUGGAGCUAGACGUGUAUACAUAUGAGGCAUUACUGAAGGCAUGUUGCAAGGCAGGCAGAAUGCAAAGUGCUUUAGCUGUCACCAAAGAAAUGAGUGCUCAAAAAAUUCCGAGGAACACCUUUGUGUACAACAUAUUAAUUGAUGGAUGGGCUCGAAGAGGUGAUGUUUGGGAGGCUGCUGACUUGAUGCAGCAAAUGAAAAAGGACGGGGUGCGACCUGAUAUCCACACCUACACAUCUUUUAUAAAUGCUUGUUGUAAGGCUGGAGACAUGCAGAGAGCUGCAAAAACAAUUGAAGAAAUGGAAGCAUUUGGAGUGAAGCCAAACGUUAAAACCUACACUACGUUGAUACAUGGUUGGGCACGUGCUUCUCUCCCAGAGAAGGCUUUUAGAUGCUUUAAGGAUAUGAAGUCGGCGGGGUUAAAGCCAGACAAAGCUGUAUACCAUUGCUUGAUGACAUCUCUGCUGUCAAGGGCUACUGUUGCUGAAGCUUACAUCUACUCUGGUCUUCUGUCCAUUUGUAAGGAGAUGAUAGAAUCUGGGUUGAUUGUAGAUAUGGGAACUGCAGUUCACUGGUCGAGGUGCUUACGCAAGAUUGAACGAACAGGUGGGGAGCUUACAGAAGCCCUGCAGAAGACCUUCCCUCCUGAUUGGAGCUCAUCUCAUACUUUGGAUGUGAGUUCCGACGUAGACAGUGAUGAUGAACUAGAUAUUAUUAGCGAUGACGAUGACAUGGAGUUUGCUAAUAGAAUAGAUGAUGGCAACAUUAUGUCGAGGAUGGUCUGA